AUGCUAUUUUAUACUAUUAUCUUCUCUCUUGAACCUUCCUACUCAGUACUCAGGUUUCUUCUUUUCUUCAUCACCACCACUCUCACCUCUACACGCGACAUAGAAAUUUUUUCAUUCGGUGCUCAGAGACAGACAAACAGGUGUUUAAAGAAGAACAAGAAAAAAAUGGAGUCAGAUCUUCAGCAGCAUCCCACUAUGUUUCUAGAUCAUCAAAAUCAUCACCAGCAGCAACAGAUGAAUACAGGGUUAACACGGUUUAAAUCUGCACCAAGUUCAUAUUUUUCGAAUAUAAUUGAUAAAGAGUUCUAUGAGCAUCUUUUUAACCGACCUUCAAGUCCUGAAACAGAACGUGUUUUUGCUCGGUUUAUGAAUAGUCUUAGUGGUAGUGGUAGUGGUAGUGGUGGCGGAGGUGAUGCUGAAAGUGCUUCUGCUACAGCUACAGCUACAGCUACACCUUCUGUUGCUGUAUCUGUAGCUGUAGCUGCUGGAGAUGAUUCACUGACUCAGAAUCUAGUAUCAACUGUUCAACAAGAACUUCUCCCUAUAGUUAAGGAAGAGAUUGAUCAACAAUCUCAAAUCAUGAUGGCAUCAAUGAAUAAUGAAACUGUGGAUCCUCAACAGAUUCAACGACAGCAAAGUAAUAUGAAUAGUUAUGGUUCCUCUGGUCCUCCGAAAUUUUACAAAAGCUCUGGAAGACCACCUUUGCCAAAUCAAAUGAAGACUGGUAGAGGAAGUUGUUCUAAUCUUAUUAGACAUGGUAGUUCACCUGCUGGAUUGUUUUCAAACAUUAACAUCGAAACUGGUUUUGCUGUUAUGAGAGGGAUUGGAACGAUUGGAGCUGCUAACAGCACUAGCAAAGAAGCAAAUUUUUCUCCUUCUGAGGUGCGGUUAAAGAAUGCUCCAAAAUACUUAUCGGUGUUAGGAGGUGAAAUCGGGAAUAGUAGCAUUCCACAAAAUAAUCUAGAAUCUGAAGGUUUUGCUGAAACCCGAGGUGACGAUUUCAUCCCGGGUUUCCCUUUAGGUUCUACAUGGGAGGAUACUGCAAUGAUAUCUGAUAAUAUUACCGGUCUGAAAAGAUACAGAGAUGAUGACGAUGUAAAACCGUUUUCUGCAGGUUUAAAUGCAGCUGAUACUAAGAUUGAAACAGGAGGCCAGACUCCUGCUGCUCCUUUGGCUCAUCAGACGAGUUUGCCUAAUACCACAGCGGAAUUGGCAGCCAUUGAGAAGUUUUUGCAGUUCUCCGAUUCUGUUCCGUGCAAAAUCCGUGCCAAGCGCGGCUGCGCCACUCACCCGAGAAGCAUUGCAGAAAGGGUUAGAAGAACUAAAAUUAGCGAGCGAAUGAGGAAACUACAAGAUCUGGUGCCAAACAUGGAUAAGCAAACAAACACAUCAGAUAUGUUGGACUUAGCUGUUGAGUACAUUAAAGACCUACAAAAGCAAGUUGAGACUCUUUCAGAAAAUCGAGCUAAGUGCACGUGUUCUCAUCGCCAAUAA